CUGACUGUCCCUCCGAUUGCCUUGUGGGCCACUUCAGAGACCCACCAACAUAUCAUGCCCCACCAUUGGAUCAGGGCCUAGAAAUGGAAUCCAUAGGGCUGUGAUGAGUGAAGACUAAGUACAAAGUCUGCUGUGUCACUGGUGUAUGAGUAUCAGACAGACAGAACCCGGUCUCCGCUCAUAUCUCCUCAGUUCUGGAAAGAUGAAGAAGGCUGAGCUCAUCUUCGUGCCUUUUCCAGCACCAACACACCUGGUGCCCACCAUUGAAUUUGCAAAGCUUCUCUUAAAUCGUGAUGAUCGAAUAUCCGUCACCAUCCUCUUAAUGAAGCUCCCUGGUUUCUUUGUUGAUGAAAUCACCCAAUCACUCACUGAAUCCCGCAUCCAACUCGUUGAUCUUCCUCACGUAGACCCACCUCCACCAGAUCUUUUAGAAAAAUCCUUUCCAGCCUAUUUCACUGCUUAUGUCGAGAUUCACAUCCCACACGUCAGAAACAUCGUCUCCGAUAUUGUAUCAUCCCGAUCCGACUCUGACUCUGCCCGAAUCGUCGGGUUGGUGGUGGAUAUCAUGUGUGUAUCAAUGAUAGAUGUUUCCAAGGAACUGGAUCUUCCCUCUUAUAUGUUCUUAGCCUCCAACGCAGGAUUAUUGGGUCUAAUGCUAUAUCUACCGAGUCGCCACAGCAAGAUGAGCUCCGAGUUUCACGAGGCGGAUCCUGAGUUGCUGAUCCCCGGAUUCGUCAACCAAGUACCUCCUCGAGUUCUUCCUGAAGCUCUUUUUAAUAAAGACGGUGGUUAUGCUGCUUACAUUAAGCUUGCUCAGAAGGUCAGGGAAGCUAAGAGUAUAAUAGUAAAUACAUUCGCCGAUCUCGAGGAAUCUAUGCUUUCCUCUUUUGGUGACAGUAGAAACCCUAAUCCUCCGGUCUACCUUGUUGGACCGGUGCUUCAACCAGAGGGGUUCCCGAACCCUAAUUUGGACCUGGUUCAGUGUGAGAAGACGAUGAAAUGGCUUGAUGAUCAGCCGGAUUCGUCGGUUGUGUUUCUCUGCUUUGGCACCGCUGGUAGCUUCGGUGCACCCCAAUUGAAGGAAAUGGCGCUUGGGCUUGAGCUAAGUGGGCUUAGGUUUCUGUGGUCCGUAGGCUUGCCGCGGCCCAACAAUGAAGACCCAAGUUCGGCUCAUAACACUAAGCCCGAAGACAUGUUGCCGGAUGGAUUUUUGGGCCGAAUCCAAGGAAAGGGAAUGAUAUGCGGGUGGGCUCCUCAGAUGGAGAUCCUGGGCCACAAGGCAAUAGGAGGUUUUGUAUCACAUUGCGGGUGGAACUCGAUCUUGGAAAGCUUGUGGCAUGGUGUACCUAUUGCCACGUGGCCUCUGUAUGCAGAACAACAACUGAAUGCAUUUAGGAUGGUUAGGGAAUUGGGGUUAGCAGUGGAUUUAAGAAUGGAUUAUCGAGGAAAUGUUGACCUUGUUAUGGCAGAUGAGGUGGAGAGAGCGGUCAAAGACUUGAUGAGUGAUGAUAAUGAAGCGAGGAGAAAAGUAAAGAGAAUGAGUGAGAUGGCUAGGAUUGCUGUGAUGGAUGGUGGAUCAUCAUUCAACUCAGUUGGGCUACUGAUUGAGGACAUUCUAGCAGCUUAUAAGUCUUGAUUUACACAAUGCUAGCUUAGUCUAGAUAUUUUUUUUUGAAAUACCAUUGGGAAAUUUGUUUCUCUUUGAAAUCGAAUCUUGAACACACAUAUUCCUAACCCAACCAAUUGUCAACCGAGUCACCGCUCGUUGAUUAGUGUAGAUUUAUAUGUACUCUUAUAAUACCAUGGCAGUCCAUCUUAUAAUAUAAUUCGCAGGCAGCAGCUAUCCAACUGCUGGUAUCAA